AUGGAGGUGACUCAAGGUGAGGACCAGGGGGCGGAGCCAGCGGGGCAGGACCAGGUUCUGAGUACCAGUGACAUCGCGGCCCAGAUGAAGGAGCUGGAGCGGGCUCUGGGCCCCCGUCCUGAGUCCGGAUCCGGGUCCACCCUGACCCCAGAGUCCGGGUCCACCCUCACGCCAGAGUCCGGGUCCACCGUGACGCCAGAGUCCGGGUCCACCCUGACCCCAGAGUCCGGGUCCACCCUGACCCCAGAGUCCGGGUCCACCGUGACGCCAGAGUCCGGGUCCACCCUCACGCCAGAGUCCGGGUCCACCCUGACGCCAGAGUCCGGGUCCACCCUGACGCCAGAGUCCGGGUCCACCCUGACCCCAGAGUCCGGGUCCACCGUGACGCCAGAGUCCGGGUCCACCCUGACCCCAGAGUCCGGGUCCACCGUGACGCCAGAGUCCGGGUCCACCCUGACGCCUGACCCAAGCUCCCAGACUCUGGCGUCCCCUCAGCACCAGUCUGAGUCCAGCACCAAAGAACUGCAGGAGGGUCAGGAGAUCUACAUCCAGACCGACGGUCUGACGGUCCAGCUGGCGGAGCCCGGGUCAGACCGGAUCGUCAUCGUCAACGGUCCGGACGGGACCACCAUGCACAUCCAGACACCAGAGGGGGUUCCACUGGAGGCGGUCCAGGCCCUGCUGGGCAUCGAGGCGUCAGAUGGAGCCAACAGGAUCCAGUCCAGAAUCCCGGCCGAUCCGAACUGA